CUGAAUGACAACAAGCAGUCGCUCUUUCAUUUACUCAAUUAUCAUGCAUGUUUUAAUUAAUGUUUGAAGCUACUUCGCAUCUGUAUAAACUUGUCGAAUGGCAACACAUAUUGACUCAGUGCCUCGGGUUGUAAUCGCCGGAAGACGACCGUGUGGGGCUCGUCACAGUGUAAUAAACGAGUUGCAACAUCAGCGGAAGGUUUUUGACGAGAGAGCUAUUGAAAAAGCUCGUAAACGAUUCCGUUCACAUAGGCAAGUGUUUACCAACUCUGUAACAGUGGCCGAGCAGAUACUGUGACUACUGCCGUUCCCUGUGAUAUCAGCCAGUAAGAUGUCCAUGUUCAGCACGGGCAUCCUGGUGCUGACGUCUCCUCUCCACACCCUCCACUUGCGCAUCGCUCCAGUGCUCAGCUCAGCUGCUCAGCUUGUGGAGCGCACACUGUACGUCCACCUCCACCCUGGGCUGAACUUGGGCAAUGGGAGCCAGCCUCGAGCAGUUUUCAUUCCACCUGUAGUGGACCUGUCUACAAUCAUUUCCCGCCUUCACAGCAAUGCAGCAGACAUAUGCGGGCACCUGAAUGUUCAAGUGUUGCUGACCAAUGUUCAUGCUCAGUCAGCCUCGCUCCCGAACUGCCCCUUCCCCACACCGCAAUCUCUGGCUCACCCCCCGGAGGUGGUGCUGACAGACUUUCCUCUGCAGGACCCGAGUCAGUCCCAUCAGGUUACGCAGUCUCUGCAGAGGUACACAGGCCACUGCUACGUCUGCAGCCCCAGCCUGUCCUCCGUGCUGCUGCAUCCACUGCUAAUGAGGCUGCAGCCGAAUGAGGAAGAGCUUAAAGUGCCUGAAGAAGAGUCAGAACCCUUGCAGACCUACAGUGACGUGGUGGUAGGGGGGACGUUCGACCGGCUCCAUGGGGCCCACAGGACGCUGCUCAACAUCUCAUGCCUGUUAGCCAAUCGAAGGUUCCUUAUUGGGGUGUGUGACCACGCAAUGCUGAAAAGGAAAGUGCUAAAGGAGCUGGUCGAGCCCUACUCUCUGCGGACCCAGAGACUACAGGAGUUCCUGCAAGACAUCAAGCCCUCACUGCAGGUGGAGAUCGUGCCCCUUGAAGACCCCUUUGGAGUUUCUGUGGUUGACCCCUUGCUGCAGUGCAUCGUGGUCAGUGAGGAGACGAAAAGGGGAGGCGAGGCUGUCAACAAGAAGCGCAUUGAGAACGGCUUUCCUCCUCUCAUCCUUCACGAGAUCCAGUUGCUUAAAGAUGCCCAUCACACUGAGACAGAGGAGGAGAAGAUCAGCUCCUCCAGUCUCCGCUCUCGUCUGCUGGGUACCCUCCUUACCCCGCCAAAAGACGCGUCCCAUCUCGCUCCGCUUCCAUACGUGAUCGGCCUGACGGGAGGCAGCGGCAGUGGAAAGAGCUCCAUCGCCGGGCAGCUGGAGGCUUUGGGUGCCGUCCGGAUCGACUGCGACAAGCUGGGCCACGAGGUGUACCAGCCCGGCACUGCAGCCUACCACCGAGUGCUUGAAGAAUUUGGGUCAGAUCUUCUGAACGAGGAUAAAACUAUCAACAGACGUGCAUUAGGAAGAAAGGUUUUUGGAAAGCAGGAGCGGUUAAAAGCACUCACAGAUAUCGUAUGGCCUGAGAUUGCACUUCUGGUGGAGAACAGAAUCAGCCGAGCCAGAGAGGAAGGUAAGCAGGUUUGCGUGUUGGAUGCUGCCGUUCUUCAGGAGGCCGACUGGACAUGCAUGGUACACGAGGUCUGGGUCACAGUCAUCCCUGAGGAGGAGGCGGUGUUAAGGAUAUCGAAGCGAGACGGUUUGACCACAGAGGAGGCCCUGCGCCGUCUGCAGAGCCAGUGGUCCAACAGCAAGCAAGUAGCGCACGCCAACGUUGUGCUCAGCACGCUGUGGGAGCCAGAGGUCACUCGGAAACAGGUACUGAAAGCUUGGAAUCUCCUUCAGAAGAGGAUACAACAGAGACCAGAGGGCCAUGUGGUCCCGACAUCAUCUCAGCUGUGACCUGUGCAUCGAGAACUCAUAAAUGACUGAUGCACAGGAGGAAACGUUGCCUUAGAAAGAAGUGAGCGCUCUCACUUCUUUUACCAAGACCUGUGCCUGAUUGAGUUUCUACAGGUUUUUGAACUUAGUUUUAUUUUAAGACGCUGACUUGAAAGACUGGAUGGAUGAGGAAAGAGAGAACCUAAUGUUACUUUAAAUUAUUUUUGAAUUUGAAAGCUGGAAUUCAUGUUUGGGAUUAAUUGGGUGUAAUCAAAAAAUAAUUGAAUGUGUAAAGAUAGUUUAUUUUUAAUGAAUGUCAUGACCUUUUUAAAAAGCAACUAAUGGCGAGAGGAAAAGGAAGGUACCACAUUACGAGUUGCCACGAUGACUUAUGAUUAAAUGUUCAUCUUUACGGUUUUGGGAGUGGGAUCAUAUUUUAUCAAAUGUACUAUCAUACCAAACAUGAUGCAUUGUAUUUUAGAAGUAUGUGCAAUAGAUUAGGAUAUUCUUUAAUAUAAAAGUAGGUGUCACGUUCAAAUACACUGGGAACUGUGAAAUAUGUUAAUGUACAUUAACUAAUAAAUAAAAAUCAAGCUGACAGAAAAAGGUUUGUAAAUAUUUGAGAUGUUAUAAAUGAAAUGUGACUUUUGAAUUGAAAUCUAAGAACAAGCUCACUUAUAUAUUCAUAAAUACCCACCUGAGCCUGUGGAAACAAAUGACUCUUUAGCUCAUGAUAAAUUCCAUGUUCGAUCAUACAAUUUAUAAACCAAGAUUUAUAGAAUUAGAAUACAAUACUUCAUAUACCUGGUUGUCGAAAAGUGACAUGUGGUCACUUGAGUGUCUUUCAUGUCAUCUCGAAAGUCAGAGUUUAAUCAAAACGACUCAACAUUAAAUUAAAAUUUUUAAAGUGAUUUCUCUUUUUAAUUUGUAUAAAUGGCACCAACAAAAAAUAAAUCCCUGUUCAACUUUU